AUGGAGCCCAGGCGCCCGCAGCCCCGGAGCCGGCACGAGGAUGCGCGACGCGGCCGCGCCGCCGCCGCCGCCGCCGCCGCCGCGGGGCUCUGGCUGCUGGCGCUCGGCUCGCUGCUGGCGCUGCGGGGCGGGCUCCCGGGGCCGCGCAGCCCGCCGCCCGCCGACCGGCUCCCGCGGCGCCCGGGGCCCGCGCCUCGGCCCCCCCCGGCCCCGGCCCCGGCGCGGGACGCCCGCGGCGGCUCCCCGAAAACUUUCCGGGCGCUGCUCACCUUGGCGGCGGGCGCGGGCGGCGCGGGCGGCGCGGGCGGCGCGGCGCGGGGGCCCCCGGGCGGGCGCGAGGGGCGCGCGGCGGUGCGCGGGGGCGUCUUCUGGAGCCGCGGCCUGGAGGAGCGGGUGCCCCGCGGCUUCUCGGAGGCGCAGGCGGCCGCGUGGCUGGAGGCGGCGCGCGGCGCCCGGGUGGUGGCCCUGGAGCGCGGCGGCUGCGGGCGCAGCUCCAACCGGCUGGCCCGCUUCGCCGACGGCACCCGCGCCUGCGUGCGCUACGGCGUGAGCCCCGAGCAGAUCCAGGGCGAGGCCCUGUCCUUCUACCUGGCGCGCCUGCUGGGCCUCCAGCGCCACGUGCCGCCGCUGGCCCUGGCCCGCGUGGAGGCUCGCGGCGCGCAGUGGGCGCAGGUGCAGGACGAGCUCCGCGCCGCGCACUGGGCGGAGGGCAGCGUGGUGAGCCUGACGCGCUGGCUGCCCAACCUCACGGACGUGGUGGUGCCCGCGCCCUGGCGCUCCGAGGACGGCCGGCUGCGGCCGCUGCGGGCCGCCGGGGGCGAGCUGGCCAACCGCAGCCAGGCGGAGCUGGUGGACCUGGUGCAGUGGACCGACCUGAUCCUUUUCGACUACCUGACGGCCAACUUCGACCGGCUGGUCAGCAACCUCUUCAGCCUGCAGUGGGACCCGCGCGUCAUGCAGCGCGCCACCAGCAACCUGCACCGCGGCCCCGGCGGGGCGCUGGUCUUUCUGGACAACGAGGCGGGCCUGGUGCACGGCUACCGGGUGGCGGGCAUGUGGGACAAGUACAACGAGCCGCUGCUGCAGUCGGUGUGCGUGUUCCGCGAGCGGACGGCGCGGCGCGUGCUGGAGCUGCACCGAGGCCGGGACGCGGCCGCGCGGCUGCUGCGCCUCUACCGGCACCACGAGCCUCGCUUCCCGGAGCUGGCCGCGCUCGCCGACCCCCACGCGCAGCUGCUGCAGCGCCGCCUCGACUUCCUCGCCAAGCACAUUUUGCACUGCAAGGCCAAGUACGGCCGCCGCCCCGCGACUUAGCAUCCCCCGCCCCCGGCAGCCGCCCCGCACCCCGGGGGAAGAGGGCGAGAGACCCCCCCCCCCACCCCGGGCCGGGGAUGCGGGGUGCGCGGAGCGGGAAGGGCCGCCGCCUCGGCCACCGGCCAACGCCCAGCCCGUGGGCCCGGGCCGCCAGGAGGCUGAAACUUCUCCUCGGCCGCACCCACCUGCCCUGCCCCUUGCUCUCCAUCUCGCGCCGUCUCCUUUCAAAGUUCGCGGAGGACGGCGUCUCCGGGGCGAGAAGUGGAGCGUUCCCCCGGCCCAGCCUGCAGGAGGACGCUGCCCUGUGGCCGCACCGACUUUGGAUCCGGAGACACCCCGCCGCCGCCGCCGCCGCCGCCGCCGGGAGGAGUUUGCACCCCCACCCCCACCCCGCCCCGGGUGGCCGGCCGUCUCGCGCCGGUGGCCCGGAGCUGGGCUGUGACAUCGGCUGGCGCAGCCCCCUUCCUGUGCUCUGCCUUUGUUCCGGCGGCGGCGUGAUGGUGAGAUCACUGUUAGGGGCUGGGGGAAGGCUCCCGGUAGGACAAAGGGAGCAGGACCUUCAGAACCUGGGGGGGGGGGGGGGGGGGUCGGUCCCGCUGACCCUGACCAGGUGCCUGCCUUGUUCCUAACCACAUGCACUUUGGGCCUAAAGCCUCCAGAUUGCAGGACCCUCCGUCGGCUCGGAGUCAAGUAGUGGAUUUCUCCCUCCCCUCCUCCCCUCCGACCAAAAUUUUGACAAUGAUGAUGUUCACCAGAAGCAAAUGAGUUUCAUGCACUUUACUUUGUUGUUGUUUUUUUUAAUUUUAGUUUUUUUUUUAAUCAGGAGAAACUUUUUUUUAUUUGACAAAAUUUGCCUUCUGUGUAUAUAUGUGCAUACAGCGUGUUGUAAAUAUACUAAACAAACUUAUAUUUCAAUAAAAGGGAGUUUAAAAUUU